AUGCGCCCCGGGACAUAUGUUCUGCUCAUCACUUCGCCUCUCAACGCCUAUCUUAAUUAUCUAUUCUGUUACACCUUUGGCAUUGGCCUUCUCGGAGCUCCUAUUGCAACUAGUAUUUCCUACUGGCUGUCCUUCAUUCUGCUAGUUCUUUACGCGCGAUUUGUUGCAGGGUCCGAGUACUGGGGUGGUUGGUCCUGGUCAGCCUUUGAUAACAUCGGUCCUUUUGCACGUCUGGCUAUAUUAGGCGUCAUCCAUGUGGGAACGGAAUGGUUGGCGUUUGAGAUUGUCGCAUUUGUUGCCGGUCGUCUAGGUACUAUUCCACUAGCGGCACAAAGCGUCAUUAUGACCGCUGAUCAGAUCCUAAAUACCAUCCCCUUUGGUAUCGGAGUCGCUGCUUCUUCGCGCGUGGGUAAUCUGCUUGGGGCCAGGGACGCCGCCGGUGCCGCUCGCGCUGCCAACAUGGCAGCCUGGCUGAGUCUCCUCUUAGGUGGGGUAGUCUUGGCCAUUCUCAUGGCCACCAAAAACAACUUUGCCCUGAUCUUCAAUGAUGAUGAUCGGGUUGUGCGUCUGACUGCCGAAGUGCUGCCGUACGUGGCACUGUUCCAGAUCGCUGAUGGGCUCAACGGAAGCUGCGGAGGAAGUCUCCGUGGCAUGGGCCGGCAGCAUGUCGGUGCAUUUGUGAAUGUGGUGAGCUACUAUUGUGGCGCUCUACCAUUGGGUAUCUGGCUGGCCUUUCAUGGUUGGGGCCUUAGUGGGCUGUGGGCGGGACAAUGCAUUGCGCUGUAUCUAGUUGGUAUACUCGAAUGGGCCAUUGUUUUCACAAGCGAUUGGAAGAAGGAAGUCGAAAGAGCUUUCUCGCGCAUGGAGGUUCAUGACAGGAUGGAAGUUGGUGGAUUACAGGGUUAG